GGCAGAACUCGGGAGAAAAGAAGACGAUAGCAGCCGUGCGGAGGAUGUCAGUAGGUCCCGCACUCCGCCGAAGGGCCAGAGCAAACGGAGCGACAACUUUCGCUUUGCCUGACAAGCAAACGGGCGGCGGACGAGUCAGACGAGAGGGGAACCACGAAACUGUGCCUUUCGGAGUGUCGCCACUGUCUGGAUGUUAAACCUUGCGCGGCCGCGCUAGAAAAGAAACAACGCAGGCUCGGGAGGGCACUGCUGCUUUUUGGUGGAGGACCAGAUGUUUAUUUUGAAAUUCGGCGGGGAAAAGGACACCUUUUAACGGUUCAUGCUUCAAUUCUUCACGCUCCGAGGACCCUGCGUCCUUGUCCAGGAAUGUAGAGACUUCGCCUUCUCGUCUGCACGCAUGCUGCUGCCGGGUGCCUCGCCGCUUCCGUUACCCUCCACACUGGCCGACAGACCGGUACGUUGCCUCUUGAGGACUUUCUUUCCAGGCUCGGCCUAUUUGACAUUUCAAACUCACAAACGCGAAGAGACAAACGUUUGCGGUCGCUGCUGCUCGCCGUUUCGGCACGCGUUUCCUGAGACAACUGUGAGUGCCUCACUGCUGGCACAUGCACCGUCAGGAACAACCACUGCAGAGCUGCAUCGUACAGAAUGUUUGCAUCGAGCUCUUUCUUUUGAAUGCUUUCAGCGGUGAAACCUUUUCUUUCGCUCCUCGCCUUCGAGAGUCCAACGAACUCGGGGCUUUCGACGAAUGGCCGGUCUGCGUUUCUCCUGCCCUCCUUUUUUUAACCACCGCAAACGGAAACCGUCCUUUCCUUCCCCUUUUUUCCGCUGCUUCGCCAGGUCCUUUUCUAGACGAAACUGACAGGCUUCUUGCCACCUCCUGCUACCAGCAAAAAGAACAACCCAUCCGAUAAUCGACACAGUCUUCCUGUUUUCUUUCUCCUCCGUUCCCUCCUGCCUCCUCCACUUUCUUUCGUGUCUUCCUCUCUUUUUCUCCGUUCGCUCCCGACGCAAGAGAUGGGCCGUGGACUUCAACCCCACUGCACGGAUCCGCUCUCCCGCGCGAGGACCUCUCCGGACAGAAGACUCUUUUGAGGGAACCUGCGGGAAGUCUGUGCCUUCGCUGCGGAACUCCGCCGCAUGUGUGCCGCCGACCUCUGCAGAGAAUGGCAGAGAACGCGUCGACAGCCUUUUCGCCUCGCGCGAGAAGACGAACCGGCGGAGACGGAGAGCGCGGCGACAAGGCGAACGUACGCGAGAUAGCGCAGGUGUCUUCGGCUCAAGACGCAGUGCAGGCGAAGUCAAGGAGAGAAAAUCCUUCUCCCGACAGGAAGCAGCGCGCGGCUGACCACACCGAAGGCUGCCGUGAAGUGCCGCCUUCGUCGCCGCUUGAGUCGUCGGAGGGAUCAUUAACUCGACAACCUUCCUUCGUCAGGUUUCUCGCUUUUUCUUUCUCUUCUGUUCCAAGGACGCUUCUACUGUUUGUGGCCGUCCUUCAACUCCUGCUUCUUCUGUUCGUGGUAAGCCACCAGGUUUCUUUGCAAAGGAGUUUAGAGGCGCAGGAGGCACGCCUUCUGCAGCUGCUGCAUGCGGAGAGAGGAGCUGCCGCAGACGACCCCGGGGUGUAUGCACACCUCGCAGGCAGAAACCGGUGUCACUUGAACCGGAGCCUCGAUUCAAAGCUCUUGUCUGGCGACCAGAACGCUGUGUUUGAGAGCGGGGAAGAUGCAAGGGAAAUGGAAGAACGCCGAGGUUCAGUGCUGCGAAACAAAUGCUACGGACCCAUGACGACCGAGGAAGAGUUUCGCGUUCUCGUGGACUUCCGAGAUAAAUUCACGCACACGCAGCAGAGAAUCAAAGAGAGGACAAAGAAACUCAUUUCCACUAUGGAAAGAGAAGCGAAACGAUUUGCCAAGAUGGCAGACGCCGUUUUAAAGCAUCCGAUGCUCAAUCACUGAAGAAAGGAACUGCAAGAACUGUCCAACAGAUACGGGGAUACCGAUGACUGCCAUGCCUAUCUGUUCGUCUAUCUCUGUAUGAAGUCUCAUAUCCUUCAAAUCUGUACGACUUUUCAUCAGUUUCUCUAUAUUUUUCUCUGCAUGCAGGCAGUUGGACACUCAGUUGGGAGUAAAUCAACUCAUUUCUCUUGUGAAACAUACUUUUUUCCAAAUAUAGGUAUAUGUUUAGGUAUAUACAUGUGUAUAGGGAUAUAUGUGGAUCCACGGAUGUAGGAUUUGGGGCAGCGGGCAUGUCUGUUGCUGCAUGCACG